AUGGCGGCGACGGCGACGGUGACGGCGCCGGCGGCGAACACCAACUUCGUAGCGACGCCAGCGGCUCCGCAUCCUCGCCCCGGCGUGGCCCCCGCUCCCCGGCCCCCCUCCACCUUGGGUCCCGUCAAGUCGGAGGCCCCUCCGCCCCCCUCGUCCACUACUUCCGCCGCCGCCCCUGCCGCCGCCGCCGCAUCCGGACCGGAGGAUCCAUCCUACAUCAUCACCAUCCCGAGUUAUUCAGCGUGGUUCUCCUUCGACUCCAUCCACGACACUGAGCGCCGCCUCCUGCCGGAGUUCUUCGAGGGGGAGGCGGCGGCGGCGUCCGGGUGCCGGGGCCCGGGCGGGUACAAGUACUACCGCGACAGUCUGAUACGGAGGUUCCGGGCGCGGCCGGGUCGACGGCUCACGCUCACGGAGGCCAGGCGGGGACUUGUCGGCGACGUCGGCUCCGUCCGCCGCGUGUUCGACUUCCUUGAGGAAUGGGGACUCAUCAACUACGGCAAAGGUGCUUUGCCGUCGGGCUCAAAGCAGGCGAAAGAGAAGAGGGAAGAGGCCGCACCACAGUCGGCGUUGCCUUCUGCUGGGGCAACAGCACCCAGGAAGCUUUGUACCGGGUGCCGCACUGUGUGCGGGCUUGCUUACUUCGCCUGCGAGAAGGGAUAUAGAUUUGGUAAUAUGCAUGAAACAUUAAUGUCCAGAUAUGCGGAUAUUUGGGAUGGGACCACCUAUUAG